CAUAAUGCCAGUGGUGCAGACUUGUAUGUGCAGGUCAUUCGCCGGCUCAAUAUCUUGGAAUCCGACUAUUUUGACCUUGAGUUCGUCAACGAAGACGGCAUUCGAUGUUGGCUCGAUCACACGCGACCCCUUAUUCGUCAAAUAACCCAUGGGAAGGAUUUCGUUUUCCGUUUCUGUGUCAAGUUCUAUACCCCACAUCCAAACUUACUGGAAGAAGAAUACACACGGUACCUUUUUGCUUUGCAAAUAAAACGCGACUUGGUGACCGGUGUCCUGAUCUGUAGUGAGAAUACCUCCGCCCUUCUUGCAUCCUACAUCGUUCAGGCUGAAAUAGGGGACUUCAUAAAGGAAGAAUACCACGAUAUCAGCUACCUGCGGCCUCUGAAACUCCUCCAUGAGCCAAAUGAUGACCGCCUGCAUCGAAUCAUGGAAUUUCAUAAAAGUCAUAUGUACGUUUAA